UUUGACAGAGCCUUCCAUUAUUGUUAUGGACAACGCUCCUUACCAUUCGGUAGUCAUCAAUAAGGCCCCAACCAGUGCAACAAAAGUUGCUGAUGUAAAGCUGUGGUUGCUACAAAACAAUAUACAAUUUGAUGAAAUGAUGCGUAAACCUGAAUUGUUAAUGCUUGUAAAACGCCACAAACCAGAGGCCCUUUAUGAAAUUGACCAAAUAUUGGGGGAUCAUGGUCACACUGGGGUACGGCUGCCUCCAUAUCAUUGUGACCUCAAACCUAUUGAAUUGAUAUGGGGAAUUGCAAAACAUAAAAUUGCCUCUGUCAAUGUAGGGUCCAUUGACAUAAAGAUGGCAGCUGAACAAACAUUCCAAGCGAUUACUGCCGAAGAUUGGAAAAAUUCAUGCCAACAUGUUAUUAAAAUUGAAAAAGAGUAUUAUGAAAGGGGUAUGACUAUGUAUGACGACAUUGAAAAAUUGGUUAUUAACGUCAGAGAUGAGAGCAGUAGCGAGACCACUUCAGAUUCAUGUGAUUCAGAUGAGUUUGUUGUUGCCGGAACGUCUAGCCAAGAUACAAUAGAGUUUUCUGGGGUGGAAUAUCUCGAUGAAAGUGUUUUGGAAUCUGAUUGAUUUUGAAAUUUUAUAAGUUUACGCGAAUGUUAGACAUCGAAGACGACCAACAGCUCAUUCCGCCCCGUGACCAUGAAGGAAUCAGUCUUCGAAACGUCGGGAGUAAAAUGAAUCUAAAA